GCGGGUCAGCUGACUAAGUGUCAGACGGUACACUCAGAACAGGAAGUGCUUGGGUCCAAAGGAAACAGAACGCUGCAACAGCCCGGAGACCAUGGCGACAAGUGUUAGCACCCAACGGGGCCCGGUAUUUAUUGGGGAGUUGCCUCAGGAUUUCCUGCGUAUCACUCCCACCCAGCAACAACAACAGAUUCAAUUGGACGCCCAGGCUGCACAUCAACUACAGUACUCUGGAGCAAUGGGCACUAUGGGCAGGCUGAGUAUCACAGUGGUACAGGCUAAGCUUGCAAAGAACUACGGCAUGACUAGGAUGGAUCCGUACUGCAGGAUACGUCUGGGAUAUGCGGUGUACGAGACGCCCACUGCCCAUAAUGGGGCCAAGAACCCCAGGUGGAACAAAGUCAUCCAGUGCACUAUUCCUCCUGGAGUGGACUCGUUCUACUUGGAAAUCUUUGAUGAGCGAGCUUUCUCCAUGGAUGACCGCAUUGCUUGGACGCACAUCACUAUCCCAGAGACGCUUAAAGAAGGAAAGGUGGUGGACGAGUGGUUCAGUCUGAGUGGGAGGCAGGGGGAUGACAAAGAAGGCAUGAUUAACCUGGUCAUGUCCUACACGUCUCUUGCAGCGCCAAUGAUGAUGCAGCCUCAGCCAGUGGUUUUGAUGCCUACGGUCUAUCAGCAAGGAGUCGGCUAUGUACCCAUUGCAGGCAUGCCAACUGUCUACAACUCUGGAACGCCAGUGAAUGUCCCCCCACCCGCAGUUAAUCCCCAGCAUCAAACCAAAGAAGCAGACCUUAAAGCUCUCCAAGAUAUGUUCCCCAGCAUGGACCCCGAAGCUAUCCGAAUCGUCCUGGACGCCCAAAACGGAAAUAGAGACGCCGCAAUCAACUCCCUGCUCCAGAUCGCAGAAGAUUCAUAGUGUCCUGUUCCUCCUGGCCGAUUCCCGCCCCGUGCCGUUCUUUCGUUUGACUUGCCAUGGUGGAUUUAUCCAUCUGCGCUGUUCCGACCCAUUAUGUGCAGUUGUGACUGCUCCGUUAUGUUGACUGUUGAUUGCGAUAUUCUCAGCUUUUUUUUUUUAAGUGGUUGACGACAGAAAUUGCCUCUUAUUUCUCCUGCCCUCGUGGGCCCUUCAUCAGUGGAAAUACAUGCUUCUGACAUUGUUAUAAGCUCAUUGUACAUGUACCUGUGCUGUGUAAUGACAUAUAGAGUAUUGAUUCACAAGUACGAUUCAUUCUGCUUGUGAUACCUGGUUUCUUCUG